AUGCUAGCUGCUCUUACUGCCAGCCUAUCAGGAGAGUCUGCAGUAGAGCCUGUAUGGAUCCUCUGGGGUGACGGCAGCGUGGCUUGGUCUCUGGCCGAGUUCGAGACGAUGAAACGACAUAAGAUACCCUGCGUAGCUAUCGUUGGGAAUGAUGGCAAGUGGAACCAAAUUGCUAGGUGGGCUACUGUACCCAAGCUGCAGGACGCUGGCUCGUCCUCAGGCGCCCACGUUGACUACCACGUAGCAGCCGAAGGUUACGGUGGCAAUGUAGGUUUUCUUCUCGAGAAGGAAUCCGAUAUAGAAGAUGUUCUGAGUAUGGCCCGUACGGCCGCAUUGCAGUGUCGUGGCCCAGUACUUAUUAAUGCUAUGUUGUCCAGCAGUGAUUUUAGAGAGGGCAGCAUCUCUUUAUAG